UAGAAUUAACUUCAAAUACAAACACAAACUAUUCGGCUUUCUUCUUUUACAAGAUUUUAUUCCUUUCCUUUUACAUCUCUACUCUCCACUUUUUCAUAAACCGUUUUUUUCUCUUUAAAUUUUCUAUUUUCAGAUCUAACAAAUCUUUUCAAAUUUUCAAAAAUGUCUUCCAAAUUCUUCGCAUUGUCCAUCUUAAUUCUCUUCUUUUCCACACUCUCCUCAUCUCAACUCUCACCGCCGUCACCGUCUGAUUCCUCUCCUUCUCCCUCGCCAUCCGCUGACUCACCGACGGCUGAUUCACCCUCUCCAUCUCCGUCGCCGAACGGAACAUUAUCUCCGCAACUUCCACCGUCAGAUUCACCAAUCUCGUCGCCGCCAGCACCUCCACCGUCAGAUCUGACAAACUCUCCACCUACUCCUACACCAGCACCGGAUAAUUCUCCGGAUACUCCAUCGCCGGCGCCUGCAGAAGUGAGCGGCGACGUGAAUCACACUUCAAAUGUAGAAGCCGACGACAACGGCGGAGAGAAAUCGUCGGGAUUAAGCGGCGGAAAGAAAGCAGGGAUUGCAGUUGGUGUGAUUGUGGCCGGCGGUGUUGUUGGAUUAGGUGCAUUCGUUUAUAAAAAGAGACAAGAUAAUCUUAGAAGAUCGCAGUACGGUUAUGCUGCCAGACGAGAGCUUCUUUAAAGAGGUUAAUUUCAUUAAAUCUCAAUUUCAAUUGUUAAUUUUUUAUUACUAUUAUUAAAUUUGGUUAAUGGAUUGAGUGUUAGGUUUUAGUAUUGUUCAACUGCGAUUCACUUUGUUAAUUGUUCGUAUUAUUAUUAUACAUAUGAUUCUUGAUGUGAAUCAUUAUCAGUUGCAGAUAAUUUAAUGUGCGAUUUACGUUAUUAUAUGUCGUUUGAUAAA